CGACGUAGCACACACUGUUUUAGAGACGACCAAGAUUUGGUCUGUUUCUGAACCGCUUGCGAAAAGAGUCUCCUGUUCGGCUGUUCGUGCUCUUGUGAUGGAUUAGCGCAUAUUGCACAAUACAUACACCAUCGCAUCACCGUUCAGAUUGCUAUCAUGGUAGGGACUACGUCUCCCUCCAGGUCUGCGGGCCUGAGAUGAGCUCCACAAACUCGUGGAAGUAUCACAGUGAUGGCGUGUGUUCGCCUGACAUGGUAGUAUUGACCAACACUUCCAUUCCUGCCAACGUCGGGAUUCUCCCAAGAUGCGCGUUUUUGAUCAGCCCCUUCCAGCGAACGCUGGUUCUCGCUGCGGUUUACCCAAUUCUCGUUGCGGUUCACCCGAAAAGGUAUGACACCCGCCCCUGUCAUAUGAUUUUGGACUUGCCAAUAGUCUCGAAUCCAUAGCAACGAAGGUGCUGCGUCCAAUGCCGACAGAGCGGCCCGCCAGGCAAUGAUUUGAGCACUAUUAUAAGCACGACCGGUGAAACGAGAAGGACCCAUACUCGCUCACCAUGGCCCUGACGUCUCUGUUCUACGGACUGUUGCUCACCGCCAUCACCUCUGCGGGUGUUGCACGGGCUACGGACAUCACUCAAGUCAAUGCCAUUGUGGGCGUCAACGGAAACUCCACGGUCGAGUGUUGGACCUUGACCACCGACAUCUCCAUUACUUCGUCCGCCUCCGUCGAACAACUAGGCUCCAUAGAUAGCGCGAGCUACUCAUACUUCCCGGGACCUGACCCAUUCGACUCUGGAACGCACACGGCGCCGAAUCUCCAAUACUUCUUCAUCAUCGGGGGCGGCGGGACGAUCACGUUCCCUGCGGACCCCAGCGAGACCCUGUCGGUCAAGCCCGGUCAACUGUACAUCGCUGUGGAUAGCGCUUCUACGUCCGACCUGGGGCAUCACACAGUCAUCAACGGUGGCUCCCUUGUCUUGCAGCUUCCGUUCUCAGGCGGAACCAUUCCUUCUCACACGGCCACCUCUGGACAGUGCGCUUCUUCUUGAGUCGACUCGAGGCGCCGCGAAUUCGAUUAGAGUAUAGCAUUGUAUACCCAUCGCACACACCGGGUCUACCAAGCGCCGGACUCUUGCACAGUCGUAGAGAGGCAACUAAUAGUAACUUAAGUAUAACCCG